AUGUUUGAUACAUCUGAAGCCUUCCGUGAUGAAUGCGUCGAAAUAAUGGAAAGAAUCCUAAAACAAUCGACAUAUCCAAGUGUCAAAAUGCUCAAUAUCGCAUCAUCAAAGUUCAAAGAUACUCCAUCGAUUCUUCGUCUAUUCCAGGCGGGAAACAUAGAAAAUCUUUUGUUGGACUCUUAUAAUACUGAAACUAUGAACGAGAUUUAUGAGUUGGAUCAAUGGAAAAUGGCAAAAUCCGUCAGCGUUGGCUGUGACAUUUCGAGUGUGACAUUCGAAAAUUAUGCUCAUUUGGAGAAUAUUUGUGUCCGCGGCGGUUCCAGCAACGUGUUUCCCGUUCAAUUGGCAGUUGAAAUCAGAGAUAUUCUCAUGAAAUCCCCAAACUUCAAGAAUGCGAUCUUCAACAUGCCUAUUAAGAAUAUCGACGUUAUCAGAGUCUUCGAUCCAAAUUUGGUGGAGCGCAGAGUGUUCACAGAAGAUGCAAUUCGGGGAAAAUUUCACUGUAACUUCCAUGGAAACAACUUCAAAGUCAAUAUCGAAGAGUCUAAAUUUGAGAUUCGCAAGGAACCAAUUUCUGAUUGUCCGUGGGAAAGCAAUCUCUUUUGA